UGAGUGUGUCGUACAUACAUGCAGCCUCGCAGCUCGCAAGCGUAAAACCUAAAAUAUAACCUAAAACUCUUAAUAGUGUCGAACAGUUGAAGCAUUAUUGAGGCUGCGGUCCACUUAGCGCUUCAAACGCUACAGAGCAUUUGUAGCACUGACAUGACUGGUCCAUUUGACGAUUUGGAACGCUCCCAGCAAUCCUGAUUACGUCAUCAAUACGUCAUCGUUUUCGCUCCCACUUCGCUCCAACUGCCUCACCUCGAGAGGUAGGUUAGCUGGAGCGUUCUAAGAUAUUUGGCGGGAAAUCACCUUCACUUUCAUUUAGAUUUUCAAGAUGCAACACCAAAUUAUAGAUCAUGAAGGUAACAUCUAUAUCCUGACUGAAGAAGAAUAUCUUCGUGCUUCAAAAGAUUUAGUAUAUUGUACCCAAUUAUUAGAAAACGCAAAAGAGAAAGAAAAUAAUGAAAAUAUUGUGCAGCAAGAAAUACAGUCUGAUAAUGAAGUUUAUGAUGGCUUUAGAUGGGCGGAUGAACCUACAAGAUUACUUUUAGCAACAUAUAAACGGCAUGAAAAUUUAUUACAUACAGGAAAAUUAUCUGUAAAGAAAUUUUGGGAAAUGAUAUCCAACAAGUUAAAAGAAAGGGCAUACGACGUUACAGGACAACAAUGUAAAAGUAAAAUUAACAGAUUAAAGAAAACAUAUAAAAAUGUUAAGGAUUAUAAUAACAAAAGCGGUAACAAUAAGCGGACUUGGCUUUAUUUUGAGAUCAUGGAUGAGAUGUUUGGACAAAAACCAUGGGUGACGCCAAUUUUAACUUUAGAUUCUUCAAACAGGAAUAUAUUAUCCCCUGCCAGUUCUACUUCAAACAACAACAGUAACAUCAGUAGUAACACUUACAAUGAGAUCUCUUCAUCUCCACAAUCUUCUAAAAGUUCUCGAAAACGACAGAAAGUAACUCAAGAUACUGCGUUAGAAAAAUUACUCGCAGUUAUGGAAGAAAAUAAAGAAGAAAGGAAAAAAAUGCAUAACGAGGCUGUGGAAAGACAAGAUCGAAUGUUAAAUAUCUUAGAAAAAAUUGCCAACAAAUAACAACGAAUCUACUUUUCUUGGUGAUUUCCAACUGUGAUUUUUUUUUAAGUUUGGCUUUGACAUUAGUAUGUUUAAUUAAUUUUAGUGAGAUGUUAAUGUGGGCUGUGCUCUUUUACCACAAAUGAUUUAUUUUUAUUAGAAUAAGUGAAGCCAAUGAUAAGCCAAAGAUAAGAGAAAACAUUAUUUUCAUAUAUUUCUCAUGUCAAAUAUCGCACAUCACAACACGCUAAAACAUAAUA